AAUGAGUGGAGGGAGUAUAUGGCAAAUAAAAACGCAUGCAGCUAGCAAAACACCUGGCUGGCUCAUGCUUGCUUCCUACUUCCUACUUGUUGGGAAUGGGAUUUCAUGUCCAAUUGCCAAUUGCAUCCUCAUACUCAUUCUUUAACACUUAACAGCCCAGCCAGGGCAGGGCAGGACAGGCUGUAUUUAUAUAGUCGCUCGCUGCUGCGGACCUCCUCUCCUCCCCUCAUAACUGUAUACAUUCUUGGAAGAUCCCGGGAUCAAAGAUCCCGGGAUCAAAGAUCCCAUUCCGCGCGCUGGAGCUAACCUGGCUGCCUCUCUAUAAAUAUAAUACUAAUAACUACUACUACUACUACUUCAUCCAUCCAAGUCCAACCUUCCAUUUCCAUCCAUCCAUCAGCAACAUUACAUUGAAUUGAAAUACUAUUAUAAGUAAGUAUAUAUAUAUAUAUAUAUAUGUAAUGGUGUUCUUCUGCUUCCUGGUGGAUCAGACUCGGAAGGAGAGGCAGAGGAAGCCGGUGGCCGGAAUAUGCUCCCGGUGCGGGUGCGGGGCGAGCGUGGUGGACCUCAAGACCGCCACCAGGUUCUGCUUCGUGCCCUUGUACUGGAGGAAUUGGCGGGCCAUCAUCUGCACCUUCUGCGGCGCCAUGCUCAGGUCCUAUCGCUAGCUAGCUACCUACCUACCUACCUCCGGUCAGAUCAUCACCAAGACAUUCAUUCAUUUUUAUUUGCAACUACAUUUUAGUAUUAAUCAUUUAUUUCUAAUUACUAUAUAUACUUACUAGUAUUUCAUUUCAUUUUAGGACACCACAAGUAGUUGUAUUUCGGUGGUAAUGGAGAUUUAUUCUCGCUAAUGUAAACUAAUUAAUUAUGUAAUAUAAUUAGGUAGGGUAGGGUAAGGUAAGGUAAGGUAAGGUAAGGUAAGGUAGGAUGGUAGUAUUUCAUUGCGAUCGAUCACAUAUAUAUAUAUAUAUAUAUGUUUGCCCACUACAGUAUUGGCUAUCUAGCUAUGUCAUUGUGGGUGAUGCACCAAUUUAAUUUAUAUUGAACUAGCGUUUAAACCCGUACAUAUAAUUAGAAUAUGAUUAAAAUAAUAUUAUAAUGUAAUUAUAUAUUUGAUAAAUUUUGCAUUUAUAAUUUAUAAAAUAAAUAUAUAUAAUAAAUUUAUUUUUAUACUAUAUAAAUAAAAGUAAAUAAAAUAUUGUAGAUGAAAUCGUAUAUAAUAUAAAUUAUAAUAUUUAAGUAAAAGUUAUUUUAUAAAUUACAGAAAAAAAUAUAUACUUCUUCCGUCCCAAACACCGUGCAACAUUUGUGUUUGGCACGGGAAUUUAGGUGGGAGUAUUAAGUAAUAUUAAGUGAUGUGAUUGGAGAGAGAAAUGAUUAUUUGUUUUUUUUAUUUGAGUGAUGUGAUGGGAUAAAAUGAAGUGUAUAUUAAUAUAUGUAUAAAAAUAUUAUUAAUUAUUUUUAAAUUUGAAAAUGUUGCAGUGAGUUUGAGGAAAAAAAAAAAAGAAGAAGGAAAUGUUGCAUGGUUAUUUGA